AUGCCUGCUCUGUACCUGCGUGCCGCUGUCCUGCUUGUACCCCCGUUGCUGAAAGCACCGGAGCAUCAGGAAUUAGUUCUGGCUUAUGGGCUCUCUGUCUUAAAGUCUUCAGUGGAAGCACGUUGUAGCAACGGUCGCAGUAACUCAGGGCAUAUUAGCCCUGCAUCCUGGGGAGGCUUACGCUAUUGCAGCUGCCCAGGUCCAUUAUCUGCACUACGAAUAAAUGGAAGAAUUGAUGUCCCCAGUAGUGUGAAUCUGGCACAUCAUGAAAUGAUGUGUACUGCAGUUGGAGGUGUUCUGCUGAUCUUGGCGCUCACAGAAGAGCUGGUGUUUUCUGUUCAGGUACUGUCUCCCGCUGCGUCCUCCUCUCAGGGCUUCCUGAUGGACACUACCACUAUCACAGCCAUGGGGACAACACCUCGUCACAAAGACCGUCGCACCACGCAGCCUGCUCCCACGUCUGCUCGCACGGUUCCCCCUCCGCCUAGCCCGACGGAGAAAACGGCCCUGUCCGCCGGCCGAAAGCAAGCAAGCGGCCAUCGCGCUGGCGAAAAGGAAAGGUAUCAUUUGUACAACCAGAGUGCUUUGUACUCAGGACAGACUCGCCCCAAGGGGAAAAUAUUCCGGGAUUUCAAAGGGAACUUCACAGAGCCUUCAGAGCCUUACCUAAAGACAGCCCUGCACUCCCCCUUCCCCACCUUGAGCAGCCCUUUCACAGACCACCCGUUUCCCUCUCCGACUGCAGCUUCCAGAGAUCCCACCGGCACGGGGCUGGCAAGAACUACGCACCCGGCCCCUUCUCCCCCCAGCAGCACCUCGGGAGGCCUUAGGAAAGCAGAGCACGGGGAUGGGACGGAGCCAGCUCUGCAGAAAGCGGAUUUUGCCACCACAACUGCUGGACCAUCGACUGAUCCUGAAGCAGUGUCGAUGCCUUUUAACCGCCCCCACUAUGAUAUAUGGGAUAUGCUGAGCAAAAACAGCUCUUGGGUAACCUUGAACCUCAGUACAAAUGUCCCGUUGUUUGGUGGUCCUGGAACUGCAACAGCAGCAGCGGGUCACUCGGUUCAGACCAGUUUCGAAGUCAAUGUCUCCUCUCCAGCAGCAGGCAAUCCCAGGGGAGCUGCCCCAACGCAGCACGGCGUGGUGACUAACGCCACCGUGUUCAGCAGCGUGCUCUCCACAGCGCCUGCCACGAGGUUAUCCAGCUCCAUGUCCACAGCUGGCUCCACUGCAACCGGCAACUUCCUAAACAGACUGGUUCCUGCCGGGACCUGGAAACCUGGCGUGCUGGGAAACAUCUCCCACGUCACUGAGGGGGACAAGCCUCAGCACAGGGCAACCAUCUGUCUCAGCAAGAUGGACAUUGCCUGGAUUAUCCUGGCUAUCAGCGUACCUAUAUCCUCAUGUUCAGUUCUGCUGACAGUCUGCUGCAUGAGGAGGAAGAAGAAGACAUCUAACCCAGAAAACAAUUUGAGCUAUUGGAAUAAUGCUAUUACCAUGGACUACUUCAACAGGCAUGCUGUAGAGUUACCGAGAGAGAUCCAGUCCCUGGAGACUUCAGAGGACCACCUCUCUGAGCCACGCUCCCCAGCCAACGGUGAUUACCGAGACAGUGGUAUGGUCCUCGUAAACCCCUUCUGUCAAGAAACUCUAUUUGUAGGACACGAGCAAGUGUCGGAAAUAUGACCCCAUAGCUGCCCUUGUAUUGCAGUUUCCUCUCGACUGUCUCCAAAUUAUAAAUAAAUAUAUAUAUUAUAAAUAUAAGCUUUGUG